AUGAUUCUGUUAAAAAUAUUCAUUUCACUUCUACCUUUCUUAGUUAAUAGUAAGAACAUUACAAGAAUUCGGUUGUAUCCAUCACGUCAUAAUAUAUCCGCUUAUAAUUCAUUUGAUCAUUGGUGGAAUUUGUCAGUCAAAAGUUUAACAGAUAAAUGGUCAAGAAGAUUAAAUUCUUCAGAGAGAAUAGUCCCUGAAACGUUAGAGAAUUAUCAAAAUAUUGAAUAUUAUGGAGAGAUUUCUAUUGGGACACCGCCACAAGUAUUUCAUGUGAUAUUUGAUACAGGAUCAUCAUAUUUGUGGAUUCCAUCGACGAAAUGUAAAGAUUAUAACAGAGCUUGUCAACUUCAUCACAAGUAUGACAGUUCACAAUCUUCGACUUACAAAGAGAAUGGGGAGGAGUUUUCUGUUGAGUAUGGUACUGGAAAAGCAUCAGGAUUUUUGAGUUCUGAUGUUAUUCAUAUAGGCGCGUUAGAUAUUGUGGAUCAGACAUUUGGUGAGGUAACUGAUGAACCUGGUUCAGUCUUUGUACCAUUUCAUUUUGAUGGCAUAAUGGGUAUGUCAUUUGAGAUAACUUCGAAAAAUUCUGCUGUAAAACCUGUAUUUAUUAACAUGAUUGACCAGAAAUUGGUAGAUGAGCCCAUAUUUUCUAUUUAUCUUAGUCGAAAUGAAGAUAAAACAACAGGAGGAGAAGUAAUGUUUGGUGGAGUAGAUGAAAAUUAUUAUACAGGUGAUAUAACUUACUUAGAUUUAGUAAACCGUGAAUACUGGAUGGUUCACUUCGAUGGUUUAUUAGUGGAUUGUAAAGAAUUCUGCCCUGGUGGGAGUACAGCACUAAUUGAUACAGGCACAACCUUGAUAUCUGGUCCAAGUAAAAGAAUCAAAGAAAUUAAUAAAUAUCUUGGAAGUAAACAUACCGCCAACAAUGAAAACCUUCUGGAUUGCAAUAAAAUACCAGAAUUACCGUCAGUUGAAAUAGCUUUAGGUGAUAAAACUAUUGUUCUGCAACCAGAUGAUUAUGUUCUUGAGAAAAUUGUCAAUGGUUCACACAUAUGCAAAAGUACUUUUAUUGGUAUUGACUUUUCAACUGGUCCAUUAUGGGUAUUUGGUGAUGUGUUUCUGAGGAAAGUUUAUACUGUUUUCGAUGUUGGUAAUCAACGCAUAGGAUUUGCUGAUGUUGCUGGGAUGAAAUGAACUUUUGCAAAUAAAAGUAUUAUUU